CGACUCACGGCCUUGAUGACUGAAUCAUUGACUGCCUAUGUGUGUGUUCACAGUGUGUCAGAGCUGCUGGACCUGUAUGAGGAAGACCCAGAGGAAAUCCUUUUAAAUCUUGGUUUUGGUCGAGAAGAACCUGACCUAGCCUCGAAGGUUCCUUCCAGGUUCUUCAACAACUCCUCUAUAGCGCGAGGCAUCGACAUUAAGGUCUACUUGGGAGCCCAGCUGCAGCGCAUGGAAGUGGAGCACCCCAACUACGCUCUGACCAGUCGUUUCCGUCAGAUCGAGGUCUUGACGACAGUAGCUAACGAGUUCUUCCAGCUCUACAGUCAAGUCUCUGGUCAGCCUGUCCAACGCAUCAGCUCCAAGGACCAAGGAGAAGGAGAAGCAAACGAGUCGUGUCCUCCUUUGAAGAAGACCAACUCAGCUCGUAACGUUGCUAAACUCCUCAAGAAAACCAUCAGCAAAAAAAACCUGCUUGCGGCCUCCCCCGAGUCGCCUGAUGCAAGCAAUCAACAGCCGCAGCUGAACGGACACGCUAACCCUGAUCACACGCACUCCAACGGUCACGCUAACGGACCGGAGCAGAACGGCAGCAGUACUGACCCCGACCACCAGGCGGACACAAUCAACCAGAAACAUAUGCGCAGGAAAGAAUGUUUCCUGGCAACCGUCACCGAGGAAUCCAACGGUGAUGGAGACGACAGUCCUGAACAGAGCAGAGUCAGUCCAGCAGCCAAUAGAGAGCAUGAACCAGAAUCAGCUGACUCUCCGUCAACCAAUCAGAGAACAGAGGACAGGACCCAGGUAGGCAAAGAAGAGCUGGAGGAGAAGAACCGGACCUCAACCCCAGAGAGAGCUCAUCCCAGCCUGGCCCUGUUCAAGCUGGCCCAGAAGGAAAACACAGACUCUUUCGACAUGGAGGAGAUUAACGAAGAUGAGGGUCUGCCACAAAGAAAUUCCAGAGCAACCGACCUGUUGAGGACAGUCAGUCAGCAGUCAGACAGCAGUGGUUUUGCUGAGGAGCCGUCUGCAGACUCCAACAUCUACCUCAAGGUGCAGGAGAGCAGUGACAGCUGUGACAGCGAGACAACCGUGACGUCACACCCUUCACUAGAUGUGGCCACGCCGGUCCCAAUGGACCAACCAGCUUUUGAGAUGCCAGACACCUGUGAGGAAGAGGCGGGUCCUGGUCCUGGUGCUGCUGCUGCUGCUGCUGAGGCUGAAGGGAGAAGUGGAUCCAGGGAAGAUGAGCAUGAUGGGAGUUUAGAGCAGAUUCUGCAGUACUCAGCGCACCACCUACCCAAGAACAUAGGAACGCAACAGGAUGAGAUCAGGGAGGAGGAGCUAGUUGAAAGUGAACACCAGAAUGAUUCCCAACCAGAACCAGAACAGGUGAUUAUACCUGCUGCAGAACAAGAAUCACAACCAGAGUUGGAACACACCCCGAAUCAGACGGAGACCGCUGCAGACGCAGAACCACCCACAGAGGGAGCGGGUGCUGAGGAACAGGCCCAGGUAGAGCAAGGAACCUUGGACGAUUCUGAUCCACUUUGUUUUCCUCCUCCUCCAUCGUCUCCAGUCCUCUGCGCUCUGUACCGAGCCAAACAGUGCCAGCUGUCCCAUGGUCAUGAUCUGACCCAUAUCCCAGGGAGAGGACGAGGAAGACGUGGCGUCCCCCUGCAGAGGUCCUGCUCCUUGCCUUCUUCGCUCCUCUCCCCCACCACGGUUGUGUCCUCUGUCAGGAUCCAGUUUGGGCGAGGACAGGUGUCCUGCACGCAGCCAAGGUACUCCUUCAAAUACACUCCAGAGGAUAAAGGCGACGAGGAAGAGGAAGAGGAGGGGGAGGGGGAGGAACGAUCAAUUAACUGUAUGUCUACCCUGAUCAUAAACCCCUCCUCCUCUUCAGACUCUAUCAACAAACCACCAAGGCUUCCCCCUGAAGGUCCCGUCCCACCGAAGCCCAUCCCACGCUACAUGCUGCGCUCCACCUGCUCCCUGCAGAGCAGCAGCCCUCCUCCAGAAUGGUCCCCAGGAAGCGUUGGCCACUGCUGGAGCACCCAGAGCGUUCCCGACCUCUUAUCCAAUCAGCAGCAUCCGGGCCAGUUCCAACAGAAAAUGAGCACCAAGCAAAACCAGCAGAGUUGGAAUUCAGGCCAGAUGAUGUUUCGCUAUCCUAAUCCUCAAACUCAGUACAUAAACCCAAGCCCAAAUCCUAAUCCCAGCCCAUACCCCUCCCCUCUAAACCCUCCUCAGCAGUAUCCCUCCAAUCUCAAUCCGUACGCCAGUGCUCCUAACCUCCUUCAGCACCAACACUUGCCCCUUCAUUCUUGUCUAAACAGUCUCUCCCAACCUCCAACUUCCACAAUCCCCCAGCAUGGCAACCUCCCCAACUUUCAUCAGUCCUCACCUGGUCAGCACAGCAACCUUCAUCCUAGAACUCCAGCAAUGCACCAACAGGCCUACAAUCAUCUAUACGGCCAUCAGUCACCCUACAACUCCUCUCCUGACGGCUCACAGUUUGCAUCCCCCUACCUUGGUUACAAUAUGUACAACAUGAACCCACACCUAGCGUACCACAACCCCGUCACACAGGGUCCGCCGUUUGCCCCAGAACAUGGCCUCCACCCAGGGUUUGCUACUCCUCAUGCAGGCUUUUACCCAGGCCUGGCCUCUUCCCUGGGCUCGGGUCACAGCCUCCACCCGGGGCUCAAUCCUCAUGCUGCUCCCAGUCCAGGAGCCAGCCAUGGCCCGUCCAGCACUGAGAUGCAGCUGAGGAGGGUCCUGCAUGACAUCAAAGACACGGUUCAGGGCCUGAGCCAGACCCGAGUCGGCACUUCGGAUGUGUUCAGUGAGCCCAGAGGGAGUCUGCCCAGCCACAAGUCUUUGGCAGCGUUUCAGCAGAAGAAGCAGAGCCUGAACUUGUUCCGCAGUCAGAUGAUGGACCUGGAGCUGUCAAUCAUUCGACAGCAGGCUCAGGUCUACAAACACCUGAGCCCUGCUGACAGGAUGGAGGUGGAGCAGCUUCAGUCUCUGAGGUCGGCGGUUAGAGAGGAGCUGCAGGAGCUGGAACAACAGCUGGAGGACCGACUGAUGGAGCUGACACAGAGCCCACCACACAGGGGUCUCCAUAGAGGCGGCAGUGUGGACAGUCUGUCCACCGCCUCUGCACUGAGAGCCAUGGAGCCAGUGUCAGACCUCCUCAGAGAGCAGCUCUACCUCCAAUCAGAGCUCAGUGAUGAUGGCCACGCCCCCUCCAGUAACCCCUCGUCCCGAUCCUCCAGUCCAGUCAGAGGUGGAAGCCGGCAGAAAGGAGGCGUGUACCGGGCAACAAUUAACAUUAACCCUGUCCCUCCUCCUCGAUCCAUCACACACACUGAGGAAAAGGAAGAGGAGGAGGAGGAGGAGCUGGAUGAGCACGAGCCGGACAGAGGAAGAGGAGGAGGAGGAGGAGUACCAGAAGAGGAAGGGGCAGCAAGAGGAGCCAGAGUCGGGAACCUGCAGCAGCUCAUCAAAGAGAUUCGAGAGAGCUUGGCGCAGGAGGUUCGACAGGAAAUUUACAGCGAGCUGCUGGCUGCCGUGUCGCCACGGCAAUCACCCCAGCCCGGCAGCCGACAACCCCUGUAACACAGCAACAGCAAAGCUUCGCCCCCUUUCACCUUCAGCCUUCAUAACCACGGCAACACUGUCCGUCUGUAACACUGUAUAGCUGAGUAACACUGUUUCUGUGGAGCACUAUGUGCCUUCAACACUGUAUGUCUGUAACACUGAUGAUGAAACACCACCCCCCCCCCCACCUGUGGAGCCUCCGGCGAGACGCAGAGCCACGAGGACGUUUACGUGUCUAUUUGGUUCGAAUGUGCCGGUGUGAUGCAUGCUGGGAACACCAGCCUGUGAGCCACCAGCAGAAAGCUGUUGCCUUUUUUCUUCACGUUUCCUUUCUCUAAGCUGUUUUGAUCAAAGCUAGGCCUUAAAGUAAUACCACUGCCAUUAAUACUACGAGUACUACAUCUAGUACUACUAACAUUACACUGCCAGUCUCACCACUACAGUCCCAGUCCUGUGAAUGUCCCUAUGAAGUUAUUUUGCCCUAGAUCCAAGUAUCAUAUGAGAUCAGGCUUCCCUAAUAAUAAUAAUUAUCAUAAUAAUGAUUUGGCUGAAUGACUUUCAAGGGCAUCAGAGCGACAAACAGGUGACAGACUUCUGUGAGAAAUACUGUAAGUGCAUUAAUGCGGUUUAAUCUGAACUUUUUCUUCCUUUUUAGUUUUGGGUAACAUUCCUUAAUUUUCAAUAAUCGCAGUCUUACUUAGCUUUUACUCAUUCCAUGCACAUUUCACCUUGAUGCAAAGGGCUCUAAGAGGUCUUAAAGAUGUGUCAUUACAGAUGUAUUUUGUCCCAUGUUAGUCAACAUUCCUUCAUCUUCAUCACCGUCAUCAUCAUUGUCAUCGUGCGUCUGUUCCUCUCGCCUCAUUCACAGUUCAUGUUGUCGUGCUGGGUUUUGCUCAGCAUGGCCAAACUCAUCCUGAACUGAAAGGAUUUCACAGAAUGUCGUGCCUGAUGUGUGAUGGCAUGUGAGCUACUGAGGAGUUCAAGCAGGUUUCAGUAAGUUGUCAUGGUGACAGUAAUGAUGAUGAUGAUGAUGAUGUUCUGCUCAAUCAUAAGGAGGAGCUUAGCCAGCAGAUCAUGUAGGGAUGAGCUGUUGAGUUCAAAUGUAUUUGUAUAGAAGUAUAUAGCAUCACAAGCUCAGUGCCAUUAUAUUCAAAGAAAGGCAAACAUCUCUACGGCCGAAAUGUCGCAACACUCAGCAUCUCACCACAAAAAAAUCUAGAUCGAUAAAUAACACUUUUUGUAAGAAGAUACAUUUGUAUUUUUGAUUUUGCGGUUAAUUAUCCAACUAGCUGUGUUGGAAUGUUAGCUACCGACUCACCAAUUACAAAUCUGUGUGCAAUAAUAUAUAGAUACGUAUUGAUUACUGAGUAAAUCAAUGUUAACAUUUCAGGUCAUCCUGCACCACUUCAACUCAACAUGUCUACCAGUACAUCUGACAGAAAUGUAUCUGCAGUUUGCUGGUUUUAUUGAGAGAAACUCUAGAUUUCGCUCUUCUUUGUACAAAAUCCACUGAGGUGAUUUAUCACUAAACAAUUCACCACUAAUGACCAAAAAAAAACAUCUGCCAGUUUACAUCAUGGGAAUUCUUUGAAAGAUAUGUACAAUAUGUAAAGGCUAUGUUUAAGGUUAGGUUUCAUCUGUUAACCUUAUGCCCUGAAUAACACCUGUUUGUCAAUUUAAAAGUAGAUUUUGCACAUCAACAAGUCCCAUGAACUACGUCUCUAGCUAUGUUUUAGGAACAAAUGUUACGUUAUUCUACAUGAUGUGUUUUAUUUAGCGACUAAUGAUCUUUUUUAUCAGCCAUCGAGCAAAAGAAGACCUGUUCCUCUUGUGAGUACAUCCCGAAACAUAUACAUCGCAGGAGAGAAAGUUAUGAUAUGACAUAUUAAUGAAAAACU